AACACUUAAUGAAAAAUUAUAUCAUUCAAAUGAAAACUAUUUCAGUAAAACAAAUCGUAUAUUAGCUGUAAUUUAUUUAAUCAAAUAAUGUCGUCAGUCUCUGCUGCUGCUGCCCUGGAAACUGAGGAUCCCGUAGAGUUGAUGCUUAAGAAAACUGGUUGCAUUGAAUUGCAUUACAAAGUACAAGAGUGCAUUGCUGAAACCGGUGAUUGGCGCCGUUGCCAAGAGGCGGUAAAAGAGUUUAAGCAGUGCAUGCAAAAAUACACAGAAGCACAAAUGAAAAAAUACGCUCAAACCAAAUAAACAGCAAACAAUAAUA